UCACCUCUAUAAUCAAUGGCUGAACUGGUGCUUUCUGCCUUCCUCGGUGUCCUCUUCGAGAAGCUGGCCUCUGCAGCUUUGAAAAGCAUCGCUCUCAACAAGGGAGUUGAUGCUGAGAUCAAGAAAUGGCAGAGAUCGUUAAACCAGAUCCAAGGUGUGCUUGCUGAUGCUUCUCACAAGGAGAUAACCAGUCCACCUGUCAAACGAUGGCUCAAUGAUCUCCAACAUUUGGCUUAUGACAUCGAUGACAUACUCGAUGGUUGGGUGACCGAAGCCAUGCAAAGUGAGUCCACCCACAAAUCAGAAGGCAUCACCAACAAGGAAUCUGUUAAGACCAAGCACCCGCAGCUUCACUAUGAGGCCAAAUUAUACAUGCUUCUUCAAGGAGGAACUGGUGUUCCACACCUCAAAUGGAUUGGAGUUGAAGGAGAAUAUAAUGCUAUGGUUAUCGAUCUUCUUGGACCAAGUUUAGAAGAUUUGUUCAAUUAUUGUAACCGCAAGUUCACUUUGAAAACGGUUUUAAUGCUUGCAGAUCAAAUGAUAAAUAGAGUUGAGUAUAUGCAUUCAAGAGGUUUUCUUCACCGUGAUAUAAAGCCAGAUAACUUUUUGAUGGGUUUAGGACGAAAGGCAAAUCAGGUUUACAUUAUAGAUUAUGGUCUUGCAAAAAAGUAUAGGGAUGCCCAGACACACAAGCAUAUACCAUACAGGGAAAACAAAAAUCUUACUGGUACUGCCCGUUAUGCUAGUGUUAAUACCCACCUUGGCGUUGAGCAAAGUAGGAGGGAUGAUCUGGAGUCUCUCGGUUAUGUGCUCAUGUAUUUCUUGAGAGGAAGCCUUCCUUGGCAGGGGCUGAAAGCGGGCACUAAGAAGCAAAAAUAUGAUAAAAUUAGUGAAAAGAAAAUGCUUACUCCUAUAGAGGUGCUUUGCAAGUCUUAUCCAACUGAAUUCACAUCGUAUUUUCAUUAUUGUCGAUCAUUGCGGUUUGAUGACAAACCAGAUUAUUCAUACCUGAAAAGGCUUUUCCGGGACCUUUUCAUUCGAGAAGGUUAUCAGUUUGACUAUGUGUUUGACUGGACCGUUUUGAAGUAUCCCCAAGUUGGUUCAGGUUCCAGUUCCAGUUCUAGAGGGCGGACGGUUGGCAAGUUACCACUGAAUCCUGGGCCUUCAGCAGAAAGAGUGGAUAAAACCCCAGUGAAACCCGAGGUUAGAGAUAGAUUCUCAGGCACAGUGGAGUCAUUUGCUAGGCGUACCGGUUUGCAUGGAGAAUACUCAAGACAUCGAUCUUCAGAACACGCAACACCAUCUAAAGAAAUGCAAGGUGACUCAGAUAGAACUCGCAUCACACGAACCAGUAGUACUUCAAAAAGAGCAGUCGUAUCAAGCAGCAGACCAAGCUCAUCUGGUGAGCCCAGUGAGAACCGGUCAAACCGGCUGGGUUCAGGCAGCGGUCGCAUAUCAACCACUCAAAGGCUCCACUCUCAACCUGGGUUUGAGUCCAAGUCAUCAUCUUUCACACGGGCUGUACCGUCAUCAAGAGGUGGUCGGGAUGAUGCCCUAAGAAGCUUUGAACUGCUAACUAUAGGCAAGAGGAAAUAAGAAGUCGGUUUUUUCGUUGUGGGACCCUCAUGAAUAACCAUUGUCUCUCAUUUACAACAAAACCCUUGAAAGAUUGAUCCUUGAUCUUGAAGUCCUGAAGAAAGAGAUUGUAUCUCACUGCAGGGUGAAUGUUCAUAUGCUGUCAAAAUGUUUAUGCUAAAGAAUCAUUGAAACUGGAUUUGUCUUGUUUUUUUGUACCUAUGUCUAAUCAUGCCUGCAAUUAUGUCAGA